AGAACAGAAAGGUUUAUUUUUCAGAUUUCGAAACGUUUUGGUUUCCAAGAACAAUUGUGACAAAACCAACCGAUUUAUUGUUAAAAAAUACACCGUAUGUGAUGUAAUUAAUAUUUUACUUGCCAACGGAAAUGUAACAGCAUUAGAUUUGGGCAAAUGCGUUCUGUACGUUGUAACACCAGUUAAGCUCAAGGCAUGGAUACAAAUACAACUUUGGUGAAGUUUGCAUACGGAUCCAGACAUGAACGGACUUAUCCAAAAAGAACCGGCAGUGCUAGAAUGUUAGAUGGGUCGAAAUGGCACGGGAUGCCAUACGAAGGUUGUGGAAUUAUGUAUGAAAACUUGCCACAUUACUGUCCAACUGAACUGUUCAUGGCGACCAAAACUGGUCGCAAACAGAAGCUACAAGAUGUAUUGGUAGCCGCUUUAAAAAGUAAGAUUGAAGCGUUUGAAAAAGAGGUGACACAGAGAGAAAACGGUCAAGGGCAACUAGCGAGUACAUCAAGUGGAAUAAAUGAUGUAAAUAAACCGCAGAUACCUGGUUACUGUGAAGAAUGCGGAGACAGCAGUUUACCUGAACCACAGACGAAAACAUCGAAAGGCACCAAUAAACUUAAAAACACGCCGGGCCGAAAUACAGUUCCGUUUUUACGAACCGGUUUGAACUAGUUCGGUUUUACGGACCGGGUUAAAUUCGCCUUGUUUUUACUUAGGCUACUUUUUGAGUACAAUUGUGUUCCUGGCAAACUAAUCUGCUAUAACAACUUUUCAAAUACCACAACAAGCUUUUAAAUUUGAACGAUUUUUAAUAUUAUAACAAUUCAAAAAAUGUAUAUAAUCUAUAUUAUAACAUUACGAAAAUCGAAAUACUUCUAAUUGCCUACACACAGCUAAACGUGUACAAUGAACGAAAAAGCAAAAU